UUGUAGCCAAACAAACUCAUUUGAAGGGCCACAAAUGGCCCCGGGCCACGAUUUGGACACCCAGGAGAUUCAGUCAUGUUAUUAUUUGGUUUAUUAAUCGUUACAUUUCAACAAACUGCAGCUCAGAGUUCAGAUUAGAGGCAGUUUUUCCCUCCGUCAAACUUUCUCAGGAAUGUUGGUCAGAUGGAUCUGAUGUGAGUGUUGCUCCACCCCAGUCCGCCUCUGGCGCUCCGCUCCAGGUUUCCUCCCCUCCCUGGCGCUCCGCUCCAGGUUUCCUCCCCUCCCCGGCGCUCCGCUCCAGGUUUCCUCCCCUCCCGGCUCUGUGUGGGUGUCAGUGAGCAGUGGAGCGGCUCAGACAGCAGCAGCACUCCGGAGCUCCUCGUUGCUCGGCGGCAGCUGGAAACAUUGAGGCGGCGGCGCUCUGGUCCCAGGUGAAGCAGGGGGGAGGAGGAGCAGCAGCCCGGAGGGGGGGGGACGCCAUGGCGGUUGGAGUGGAGCCGGGUCAGUGAGAAACAUCUGGAACAUCAGGAUGCUGAUGGAGAGGGGAGCGCCUCAGAGGAAGACCGUGUACCGGAUCUCCCUGACUCUGGUGAAGAGGGAGGACCUGGGGGGGUCGGCGGCGGGGCGGGGGGGUGGCGUGCUGGAGGAGGAAGAGCCAGAGCCGGCGGCGGCUCAGGGCAGCAUCAUGAGGAGGGUCAGGACGUUCAGCAUGGGUCAGCUGGAGCUGGGCCGGCUCAGGGCGUCCCGCAGGGCACAGCGCGAUGAACCGCGGCCCGAAACCGCCGCCGCCAAGGUGAGGAGGCUCCUGAAGGCCCACAGCAUGGAGGACCGGGGCCCCACCCACCCCAGGGCCCCCCCGAAGCCCGGCCUGCUGCAGCGCAGCUUCAGCUUCAGCGUCCGGACCCGGAUGAGCGGAGAACUGCUGCGUCUCCGGCAAGCGUCCAGAGACGGGUCGCCACAGACCCCGCCCCCUGUACAGGCCACGCCCCCCGCACAGGCCCCGCCCCUCAGGACCCGGGAGAAGAGCCGCACCCUGGAGGUGGGGGCCGUCCUCAGCAGGGCCGACUCGCUGACCGAGCUGAGCCGCCAGAGGGCCGGCGCCGCCAAGAACCGCACGCUGGACAACAGUGACCUGCAGCGGCGGGACGCUCAGGGCGACGGCGCCACGCCGCGGGGGGGCGACCGGCGGCUGGGACGCUUCUUCAGCGGGUUCUUCUCCAGACCCGGCCCGGCCCGGAACCCCGGGGUCGGCAGGUCGCUGCGGCGCGGUGCGGCGCCGUCCAGCACGGAGAGCGUGGACGGGGGCGGAGCCAACGGUAACCAUGACGCCUUCGUCAACAGCCAGGAGUGGACCCUCAGCCGGACCGUACCAGAACUCAAAGUGGGCAUUGUGGGUAAUCUGGCCAGCGGGAAGUCGGCGCUGGUCCACCGGUACCUGACAGGAACCUACGUCCAGGAAGAGUCUCCUGAAGCUGACGUGGAUGCAGGAGGGCGCUUUAAGAAGGAGAUCGUGGUGGACGGCCAGAGUCAUCUGCUGCUCAUCAGGGAUGAAGGAGGCCCCCCAGAGGCGCAGUUCGCUCUGUGGGUGGACGCCGUGGUAUUCGUGUUCAGCCUGGAGGAUGAGAUCAGCUUCCAGACGGUUUAUCACUACUACAGCCGCCUGGCGUCCUACAGGAACACGGCCGACCUGCCGCUGGUGCUGGUGGGAACCCAAGACGCCAUCAGCUCGUCCAACCCGCGGGUGAUCGACGACAGCCGCGCCAGGAAACUUUCCAACGAGCUGAAGCGCUGCACCUACUAUGAGACGUGCGCCACCUACGGGCUGAACGUGGAGCGCGUCUUCCAGGACGUUGCCCAGAAGGUCGUUGCCGUCAGGAAGAAGCAGCAGCUCUCCAUCGGACCCUGCAAGUCUCUCCCCAACUCUCCGAGUCACACGUCCGUCUGCGCCGCUCAGGUCUCAGCCGUCCACGUCAGCCAGUUGCAGACCAGUAACGGCGGCGGCAGUCUGAGCGACUACUCUUCGUCGGUUCCGUCCACGCCGAGCACCAGCCAGAAGGAGCUGCGCAUCGACGCGCCGCAGGCCGCCAACACGCCCACGCCCGUCAGGAAGCAGUCCAAACGUCGCUCCAACCUCUUCACCUCGAGGAAGGCCAGCGAUCCGGACAAAGAGAAGAAAGGUCUGGAGAAUCGGGCCGACAGCAUCGGCAGCGGGCGCGCCAUCCCCAUCAAACAGGGCAUGCUGAUGAAGAGGAGCGGCAAAUCCCUCAACAAGGAGUGGAAGAAGAAGUACGUGACGCUGUGCGAUAACGGACUGCUCACCUACCACCCCAGCCUCCAUGACUACAUGCAGAACGUUCACGGUAAGGAGAUCGAUCUUCUGCGAACCACCGUUAAGGUUCCAGGGAAGAGGCCGCCGCGGGCCGUCUCAGCCUGCGGCGCCGGGCCCAACCAGAACGCCAACGGCCUGGUGAAGGACAUGAGCAACGUCCAGCUGGGACCGACCUCAGGCUCAGUGUCCAGCAGCGUGUCGGCGUCCCAGAUGGCGAGCGGUGUCAGCCUGGUGUCCUUCAACAGCCGCGGCCUGGAGGGCCUCCACCAGCGCUCCUACUCCGUCUCCAGCGCCGACCAGUGGGCCGACGCCACCGUCAUCGCCAACUCUGGAAUCAGCACAGACACUGCUUUGGGCGACUCGGUCUGCUCCAGUCCCAGUAUCUCCAGUACCACCAGUCCAAAGAUGGAGCCGCCCCCAUCGCCGCACGCCAACCGCAAGAAGCACCGGCGGAAGAAGAGCACCAGCAACUUCAAGGCGGACGGCCUCUCUGGUACUGCAGAAGAACAAGAGGAGAACUUUGAGUUCACCAUCGUGUCGCUGACGGGUCAGACGUGGAACUUCGAGGCCACGUCGUACGAAGAGCGGGACGCCUGGGUCCAGGUCAUCGAGAGCCAGAUCCUGGCCAGCCUGCAGUCCUGCGAGAGCAGCAAGAACAAGUCUCGCCUGACCAGCCAGUCGGAGGCGCUGGCGCUGCAGUCCAUCCGGAGCAUCCGGGGCAACGGGCGCUGCGCCGACUGCGACGUACCGAACCCGGACUGGGCCAGCCUCAACCUGGGCGCUCUGAUCUGCAUCGAGUGCUCCGGGAUCCACCGAAACCUGGGGACCCAUCUGUCCCGGGUCCGGUCCCUGGACCUGGACGAGUGGCCGCUGGAGCUCAUCAAGGUGAUGUCGGCCAUCGGCAACGAGUUGGCCAACAGCGUGUGGGAGGCCAACGCCCAGGGCCGCCUCAAACCGGGGGCGGACGCCAGCAGGGAGGAGCGUGAGCGUUGGAUCCGGGCCAAGUAUGAGCAGCGUCUGUUUGUGGCGGCGCUGCCCGGCGCCGACCCGCCUCUGGGCCAGCAGCUGCUCCGCACGGCGGCCGAGGAGGACCUGCGCGGCGUGGUGCUGCUGCUGGCCCACGCCUCCCGCCAGCAGGUCAACGACACGUUCGGCGACGGCUGCUCGCCGCUGCACCUGGCCGCGCACAAGGGCAACGUGGUUCUGCUGCAGCUGCUGGUCUGGUACGGCGCAGACCUGACGGCGAGGGACGCCCACGGGAACAGCGCCAUGGCGUACGCGCGGCAGUCCGGCAGCCAGGAGUGCGUGGAGGUUCUGGCCCAGUACGGCGGCGCUGACGAGCGCUACGCCCUGAUGACCACGCCCAACCUGCCGCGCCGCAACGCCAACCGCAACAACAGCUGCAGCAGCCUGGGCAGCGCCGCACUCAUCUGACCGCCGCCAUGAUGGGAAACGGGUCUCUUACCUCAUCGGCCAAUCAGAAUCCAGGAACACAUCCCACAACACCCAUCUCCAUGGCGACGAGAGGAGAACCGACCAGGUCCAGGCCUGGUGGGACGGGAGCUUAGACUCUGUUUUAUUUAAGGAGUUUCCCCCGCUGUGAGUGUGAGAGUGUGUGUGUGUGUGUGUGUGUGUGUGUGUGUGUGUGUGUGUCAGAGUGUGUGUUGCUGGACCAAUGGGAGAGCGUUCCUGGGCGUUCCUGGGAGCCUCCAGGCUCAGGACCGUCAAUGUUUCUGAUUGGUUCAUUUUGUCCAAACGAACCAAGGGAACGUCGUCUGACGAAGGGCUGUUUCUUCUUCUUCUGUAAAUACUGCGCCUCUGUCCUCAGUUCCUGUCACGGUCGCCGUGACAACGAGCACAAACAGGAAGUAGUUGAGUCUGUCGGUGUGGUUUGGUUUGGGACUCAAGCAGGAAGUUCUGGACGAUCUGAUUGGCCAAGUCAGCAAGAGGUCAAAGUGCAGCAGCGUAUUGGAGCCAUUAGAGAUAAAGACAUACGGAGUAUAUCUCUGCCAACAAACUGAUUUAAAAACGAGUCUUCUCAGCUCCAAAAGUCAAAAAUGUGCAGGGAAAAAAAUCUGAAAUGCUUCAUUUUUUUUCAAGAUUAAUUUCAAACUUUGAGAGAUUUUUGGCAGAAAUGUACUCCGUAUGAGAGCCCAGUGGUUGAUCCAAACCGGAGUUGAUCCGGACGGUUCUGGAUCCUGAAGCUCAUCUGAACACGGAGUCGGAACGCCGUUAGCUUCCUCUGCUGACGUUUAUUUAGCUAGCAGAAGUUUAACUUCAAACAUUUUUAAACCUGUUUGGUUCGUCAGCCAUUUUGCUGGUAUCCAUGGUAACCUAAAGAGGCUGGCGUUUCUCCUAUUAGCCUCAGGCCUAGUCAAAUCACUCCUGGUGUUUGUAGAAAGUGUCGACUGAAAGCCAAGGGAGCCUCAGGAAGAACGCUCUGUCUAGAAAUCCUAACCUAGAUGUUGCUGCAGCAGGUGAGUCGUUCUCAGCUGGAUUCUCUGAUUUCACGGCUCUAAAAUCAAACUUUCUCCUCUUGCCUUUUUUUAUGAUCCCAGAAUCACACAAACUGCUUCUCCAUGCAUUCUGUGUGAACAAUGUCUAUGUUUUGACUUUCAGUCCAACCAGAACCAGAACUACAACAAAGUAUUUGGGCCAUUAUAGAUAAAAACAAAAAAAAGAUAUUGAGAGAAAAAACUUGUCAGAUUAAUAUCAGAAAUUUUCUGGAAGUCUAAAUAUUUUUGAGGAAAAAUUCAGAAGUUUUGAGAUAAAUUUCACAUAUUUUUUUUUUAGAAAAAAGAAAUAUGUUCUGAGCUUGUAAAGGUGAACAUUUUCAAUUCUAGUUAAGAUCAAUCUCAAAGUUUUUUUCUCACUAAUGUGACUUGAGCUCAGAAAAUAUUAUUUUCUCCUAGAAAUGUUCUAAUCUCAAAAUGUUUGAGUUUUUGGUGUAAAUUGUGAUGUUUUCCAUCGGAGGGUUAGGAUUCCCUGAUCAGGAAGAGUUUAAUUGAAUUUAUGUUUAUUGAAACUCACAGCUUAUAUCCGUCAUCACAGCACAGCUUGGUUUAAAGGGAAAUUUCCAAUAGCUUUAUGAGUAAAAGUUGUUUAUAUUUUGACUUCAUAAGUAAUAAAGCAACUUAUAGAAGAAAAUAUCAUUCAGUAAAAAUGUGUCCAGGAAGUUGGAUAUCAUUAUUUAGUUUACGUAAUAUAAGAUAAAUUUUGUGAUUCAGCUUCAAAAAUGGUGACAGUUGUGAAAUACAAUAAUAAGAAUUAUUUUAGCAGAAAAAAGUUUACAGGCCAAGAAAGAUGGCUAACAUCAGUUUUACUGCGUUAAAAAGGGAAGCUAAUGCUAACUGAGCUCUGAGUUACCUGGACAAUAAACAGAAAAGCUGCUGAGUUAUUAUCCCUGUUAAUAAGAUUUAUAUUUUAUUGUUUACACUCUGAAUACAAAAUGUUGUAAAUUGGAGAAUGAAGCACCGUGUGAUGAUGUAGCUACUGAUUAGCCUGUUAGCUUAACAUCGCUAACUGAUCAAAGCUGCUGGCUAGCUUACUGUUUCGACAUUAAAUUAAUUCCGUUGAUCUCUAAUUCAUCUUUACAUAUUUUGUACAUUUAAAGCCAUAUUGAACAUUUGACUAAAUUUAUAGAAUAAAUCAUAAACAUCUGAAUUUAGUUAUUACUGUCAAAACAGCUGAGCCACCUGGCGGCUACUGCUUAGCUAGCAGUAAACUUAAAUUAUCAAUGAAAGGAGCAGCAAGCAGUGGCUGAGUGAGACAAAGCUAACAGGAAAGAGCUGCGUUUGUAAAAACCACGUCGUCAUUCUGGUGACUUUCUGUUUACAACAUUAUCAGGUCAGUUUGUUCACAUUUAAUAAGCCAAAAAUCAGGUCGGCUCAUUUUCAUUGUUAGCGUCAAAACUGCCGAGUCAUUUCCCAGCUAGCUCCGACUGAACUUCAUUAGCAGACUAGACUUCCUUAUCAUUUUUUUAUUCCACUAGAGUUUUUUCCUUAAUGCUAAAUAUAAAAAGUUUUAACAGUUUGGGACUAAAUGCCAGCAUAAAGCAACAGCCAGUAAUUUAUUAGUAUAAUUAUGCAUGUUUGUUAGCAAAUGCUGCUAACAGGCGCCGUCGGUAAAAGUGAUUUCUUUUGGUUUCUGGGUCAUACACUUUAAACAAAGCAAAAUAAUACACGAGUUUUUAUUUUAAUUUAUCGUAUUGGAGCCUCUUUCAGUUUCAGACGGUUCUGUUAUAAAACCUGUAAAAUGAUUGUUUUGCUUCUGGAAAGCAGCGGCGGCGGUGUAGAUAAUAAAACCUGUUAAAUGAUGUAGAAAUGUUUCUGUGCUAGAUUUUAAUUAUGACUUUAAUAACUUCCCUCCAACCUCCAUCUUAUUUAAACUCCCACAGAAAAACCUUUUUGUACAUUUCCUCCUGAGGUCCAUCCGCUUUUUAUCCUGUUUUAUCAUCCAGACCGUUAUUGUUCUUGUUGUCACUGUUAUUCUAAUUAUUAUUGUUAUUAUUAUUAUUAAAUUUUGUUGUACAGUACCGAUGUUGAAAAGUUCUACCUAAUGCAGAAUCUUCUACUGUAAUUUGUCUCUUUUCAAUAAAGACAGGAAAAUGCUUCUU